UGUCACAGCAGAUACUAAACAGCAUGGAAGGGUGUCAGCCCCUCAAAGUCACAGUUGGAGCAACAGAAGGGGAAAACUGUGUUUGACAGUCCCCCGUGGAUCGAGAAAAGUUGGCAAUAAACCGCCAUACGACUUUUAUAUUAUUAGGAUACCAAACGAAACUUUGCAUAGUGAAGCCUGACUCAGGAGUCGUUAGAUAGCCAUCUGGCUAACUGGCAGCUAGCUUGCUAACCUGCUAGCCAUCGUAGUGGCUUAGGUAACAUUCAACUCAGUUGGGGCACCCUUCAUUACAACGUUAACUGAUAGGAUUUCACUACGUUUUUACCUAAAUUCAGGACGGACUUAGAAGCGAAACAUCAAAGGGAUCCACAGGUGCCAUCACAUUCCUGGUGAGCGCCAGCCGUGUGCCCACCCUGAGACGGGUGCCCGCGUGCCACCCUGAGUGUGGGUGUGCAUGAGCGGCGGGGCGGGGGCAUGGGGAAUGGGGUGCAGGAACGCCAGGCGGCACUGACACAGAGCGAGGUGCUGCCCCUUCCCUCCUCCUCCAGCAGCAGCCAAUCCGAGGGUUUCAAACAGGGUCGCACAGUGGUGAACUCCCUGCUCUCUGGAGCCUUUGCUGGCGCUGUGGCCAAAACAUCUGUGGCUCCUUUGGACAGAACCAAGAUCAUCUUCCAAGUGUCUUCAGCGAGAUUUUCUGCCAAGGAGGCCUACCGGCUCAUCUACCGCACCUACCUGAAGGAUGGCUUCCUUAGCUUGUGGCGGGGCAACUCUGCCACCAUGGUCCGUGUCAUCCCCUAUGCUGCCAUCCAGUUCUGUGCCCAUGAACAGUACAAGAGGCUGCUGGGCGGUUACUACCAGUGCCAGGGCAAGACUCUGCCCCCGGUGCCCCGGCUGUUGGCAGGCUCCCUGGCGGGCACCACGGCGGUGUCGCUCACGUACCCGCUGGACAUGGUGCGAGCCAGGAUGGCCGUCACACCCAAAGAGAUGUAUAGCAACAUCAUGCACGUGUUUGUGCGCAUCUCGCGUGAGGAGGGCCUGAAGACUCUGUACCGGGGCUUCUCCCCCACCAUCCUGGGCGUGGUGCCCUACGCGGGACUCAGCUUCUUCACCUACGAGACCCUGAAAAAGCAUCACGGAGAGCGCACGGGUCGCCCUCAGCCGUACUCGUACGAGCGGCUGGCGUUCGGGGCGUGCGCGGGCCUGAUCGGCCAGUCGGCGUCGUACCCGCUGGACGUGGUGCGGCGGCGCAUGCAGACGGCGGGCGUGACGGGCCACACGUACGGCAGCAUCCUGGGCACCAUGCGGGAGAUCGUGCGCGAGGAGGGCCUGGCGCGCGGCCUCUACAAGGGCCUGAGCAUGAACUGGGUCAAGGGGCCCAUCGCCGUGGGCAUCAGCUUCACCACCUUCGACCUCACGCAGAUCCUGCUGCGCAAGCUGGGCUACGCGCCGCGGUAGUGAGAGAAGAGAGAAGCCAGGGAGCAGGGGGGGGACGGACAAGAGGAGGAGGAGGAGGAGGAGAAGAAGAGAGGGAUAGAGAGAGAAGGAGUGGACAAGAGAGCGGAAGCAGCUCGGGGACACACAGAGAGCUGUGGGUGUAGCGCCAAACGCAGCGCCAGAGGACGGGCUGCCCGAGCUGAGCCCAGCGCUGCCUGACCGCCAGCAGCCAUACACACACGCGCGCACACACACACACACACACACACACACACACACACACCGGGCAGUCCACGCCCAGUGGAGGUCACUGACCAGGUAGUGUGUGUCCAGUUGCUUGUGUGACUGGAUGUGAUGUGUGUGUGUGUGUGUGUGUGUGUGUGUGUGUGUGUUAAGAGUGUGUAAGAACCUAGGCUAAACUGUAAGCGAAUGUAUGUCUGCCUGCACAGCAGUUCUCCUCAGUAGGCCGUGUGCAGUGCAGUGCAGUCCUGUCCUGUCCACCAAGUGCAAUACUGGUACCUCCACGUCACGUCAGAGUGUCCAUCCGCACACUAGCACUGCCCUCUUCACCUCCGACCAUCACUCCCCCAACGUCCCCCAACACGCCUGUCCCCAACACGCCUGUCCCCCACACAGCACACUGAGCUCACUGGACACAUAAGUUCUCUGCUCCCAGCUCUCAGCACUCUCAUGCAUUCGGAUUUUAGUCACGUCUUGUUUUUUUUGGGGGGGGUUCAUUUGCCUUCUGGUGUGAACUGUGGAUGAGCCUUUGGGAAUGAAUUGACACACGCACACACACAAUAGUCUUCACAAGGACUCCCACGCACACACACGGACAUGCACGCACGCACACACACACACACACGUGCACGCGCACGUUAUUUGCACGUACACACCGGUUUUGGUGUGUUAAGCAUUGUUGUAGUAUCCUUUCAAAGCAAUGGUGAGGUGGUGAGGAUGAUCGAGUUCUCUGUUUGAUUUAGUGUUUUUGUUUUGUUUUGGCUCUGUCUAAAUAAUUACCAAAGGGAAAGAUGGUAAACAAUAGUAGAAUGUUUCCAUUUGAACACAGAGACAGAUUUACCUUUAGUGUUUUACAAAUGUAUAGCUAACAUAUGCAUUAAAUGCUGAAUUUUGCAGUAUGAUGAAUUGAUGCUGUAGACUGUGGAUUCGCACACAAGAGCAUUCAUUUGUGCGUGUGUGUAUGUGUUGAUUGAUUGUGUGUGGCUGUGUGUGCGUGUGUGUUGGGGGUGGCAAGUUGCAAGUUGCGUACUUCCGAAGUUGUUUGAGAAAGCUUUCAGCUCGGCUGUAGCUGGCCUGCUGAGUAAUGUGCAGAUGGGCUAUGUUUAGAUCUGGGCCUUACUGGAUCACUGCAAGCCUGCACACAGCCUGAGUACCCGCAGCAGGUGCGGAGUUGCUGAAGGAAGGAUAUUUGUGCGUGCGUGCGUAUGCUUACGUACCCACGUGUGUGUGUGUGUGUGUGUGUGUGUGUGUGUGUGUGUGUGUGUGUGUGUGAGGAAUAGAGGGCGAGAGAGAGUGCAUGUGUUCUACAGAGGACUACAUAGCUGCUGACAACUCCAGACCAACACUCUCUGUACAGAAAACACUGCCACUCUUGUUGGUCUGUGAAUGUGCGUACACGUUUAUCUGUUUAUGUCCUUGCCUGUGUCUAAUAACAUUUAUCUCUGUGUUCCAACUGAGCAGUCAGAUUAUGUCUGUAUAGACAGCAAUGCAUUCAUAAGCACACAAAUAAUCACACAUACAUGCUAGGCCUUUGUGUGACUUCUGCGUGUUGCACUAGUCUUCUCUUUGACUGAAAUGUAGUCCAGCUCUUUCCUGGACCCUUCCUAAGUGCCUGGAAGAGCAAUAGUACAAAUUUUACUAUUCACUAAAUGCAAAGUGUGGAAGUGUAUGGUGGUACACUUCAGAUUUUCUCUGUGGAUGUUGUCGUUCUCUCAGAGUUCUCACUUGUCUUAGGGGAAAAAGAGUGUGAGAGAGACUGGGCGAGGGGAGGGGGGGAUUGUGAAGCGAGGUCUAACUGGAAGUGUAGCAUAUCUCUGCCUGCCUGUGUAUCUGUCUACCGGCUUACAUCUAAUCAGACCGAGCACUUCUGCCAAAGCCUAAACGUGAAAUUGAGUUUCCAAACCUGCAGUUCAGGGGAGCACAUAGACACUACAUAUGAAAUUCCGUUCACAGAUAUGGCUGCAUAUCCCCUAUUGAAAUGCAGAGGCUUUCACUGUGUCCCUCUGGCAUUUUAUUUUAGAAAUUGUCUGUAUUUUGGCGCAAGAUUUGGAACAGCACUAUCUGCUGCUGUUUUAGCUGUGGAUUGUGGGCAUAGUGGUGUGCACUGAAAUAACAGUAGAGGGCGCCAUCUGUUCACCUCAGUUUCCGCUCCGCAUAGAGAGGAUAGCGAGGAUUCGGGUAAUCUCAGCACCUACCAGUGAAGUUAGCCAGCAGCAUGGGUUUAACGUUCAAUUGACUGGCGACUAUAUUAAAUGUUUUAUUCCACAGCAACCUAUUGGAAUCUCUUGAAUGAUUCUUGCUCACCCUUAGAGCUCCCCUAAACUAACAGUCAGGUGUGGACCUCAAUUGGUAAACCUUGGGUUUGGUUGCAAUGCACCCCUGAGGAUAAUUAAACAUCACAAUAAGUAUUCAUUGUCUGGAGAGAAUUUUAGCAUUACAGAUCUCCUGCUGCAGCUUUUGUGGUUGUAAGUGUCAUGUAACCAGGUGUUGUAAUUCCAAAUUGAUACAAUUGUGUACUUGCUACAUUAGCUGACUUAUUCACUAACUCAGUAGCUGAAAGAAUACUAUACAAUACUAAGCUUUUAAUGCAGUAAGUAUGUUGUAACAAUGUGCAAUUGCAGUUCUGUGUACAUUCUAUUUACCCAUAUCAGGAGUGAUGUAAUGUAAUGUGAAGCGUGGUCAUUAAUACCGAGUCCUGUCCAUCCAGCCUGUGAGAACAACAGACUCAAGGACUGAUCUCAAUCUGAUGCCCUACUGGCAUGGGACCAGGGCUGAUGCCAUCUGAUCAUUAGGUGGUAACUGAGCUGCACAAAAGAUGUCUAAACGCGUACUGAUUGAAAACAGUAUUAAAAUUGAGCUGACAAUCAAGCUAUGCCAAAGCACAUGUUGCUUUUCAUUUGCUCCCUGUGGUACUCUCAUGUCUUUGGGAGGAUUUCUGAAGCCACCAUAUUUGAAUUUUUGGGAAAUAGGUCUCCACUGAUAAAUUGCCUAAUGUAAUUUAAUCAGGACAUAAUGGAUCACAAAAAAGGAAAGACUUGACAUAAAGUAGGCUAAACGGUACACCAGACAAACCUGAUAUUACCAGUAUAGUGGUAUCUGUUGUGCAUGACUUCUGAAAAUAACCCAUUUUCUUGCUGUUGACAAUUUGUACCUAUCUAAACAACAUUUAUCAGAGUUUAUCACCAUCUUUUUUUGAUGCAUCUAUGCUCAAAGCUGUUUUGUAAAUUUUUAAGGUUUUGUGCCAAGAGAAUGUAUAUUAAAAUGAUUAAUAUUAUACAUGAUUUGUGUAGCUCUUAGUGAUUUGAAUAAAGUAGGUGUUUAAUUUGAAAUUAAA